AGCGCCCGCGGCCGGCCCAGGCAGCACUCGGCAGCAGCGGCCGCGGCCGGCGGCCGAGUCGGGAGAAUGCGGCGGCGCUCGCGGAUGCUGCUCUGCUUCGCCUUCCUGUGGGUGCUGGGCAUCGCCUACUACAUGUACUCGGGGGGCGGCUCCGCGCUGGCCGGGGGCGCGGGCGGCGGCGCCGGCAGGAAGGAGGACUGGAACGAAAUUGACCCCAUUAAAAAGAAAGACCUUCAUCACAGCAAUGGAGAAGAGCGAGCGCAAAGCAUGGAGACCCUCCCUCCAGGGAAGGUACGGUGGCCGGACUUCAACCAGGAGGCGUACGUUGGAGGGACGAUGGUCCGCUCCGGGCAGGACCCCUACGCCCGCAACAAGUUCAACCAAGUGGAGAGUGACAAGCUUCGCAUGGACAGAGCCAUCCCCGACACGCGGCACGACCAGUGCCAGCGGAAGCAGUGGAGGGUGGAUCUGCCGGCCACCAGCGUGGUGAUCACGUUUCACAAUGAAGCCAGGUCGGCCCUGCUGAGGACAGUGGUCAGUGUGCUUAAGAAAAGCCCGCCCCAUCUCAUAAAGGAGAUCAUCCUGGUGGACGACUACAGCAAUGAUCCUGAGGACGGGGCUCUCCUGGGGAAAAUUGAGAAAGUGCGUGUCCUUAGAAACGAUCGGCGAGAAGGCCUGAUGCGCUCGCGGGUCCGGGGUGCCGAUGCUGCCCAAGCCAAGGUCCUGACCUUCCUGGACAGCCACUGCGAGUGCAACGAGCACUGGCUGGAGCCCCUCCUGGAGAGGGUGGCCGAGGACAGGACUCGGGUGGUGUCACCCAUCAUUGACGUCAUUAACAUGGACAACUUUCAAUACGUGGGGGCGUCAGCUGACUUGAAGGGCGGUUUUGACUGGAACCUGGUGUUCAAGUGGGAUUACAUGACACCCGAGCAGAGGCGGUCCCGGCAGGGCAACCCAGUCGCCCCAAUAAAAACCCCCAUGAUUGCUGGCGGGCUGUUCGUGAUGGACAAGUUCUACUUUGAAGAGCUGGGGAAGUACGACAUGAUGAUGGACGUGUGGGGAGGAGAGAACCUGGAGAUCUCGUUCCGCGUGUGGCAGUGUGGCGGCAGCCUGGAGAUCAUCCCGUGCAGCCGAGUGGGCCACGUGUUCCGGAAGCAGCACCCCUACACGUUCCCGGGUGGCAGCGGCACUGUCUUUGCCCGCAACACCCGCCGGGCAGCAGAGGUCUGGAUGGACGAAUACAAAAAUUUCUACUACGCGGCAGUGCCUUCCGCCCGGAACGUCCCUUACGGGAAUAUUCAGAGCAGAUUGGAGCUGAGGAAGAAACUUAACUGCAAGCCUUUCAAAUGGUACCUUGAAAAUGUCUAUCCGGAGUUAAGGGUUCCAGACCACCAGGAUAUAGCUUUCGGGGCCUUGCAGCAGGGAACCAACUGCCUCGACACUUUGGGACAUUUUGCUGACGGUGUCGUUGGAGUUUAUGAAUGUCACAAUGCUGGGGGAAACCAGGAAUGGGCCUUGACGAAGGAGAAGUCGGUGAAGCACAUGGAUUUGUGCCUUACUGUGGUGGACCGGGCGCCUGGCUCCCUCAUAAAGCUUCAGGGCUGCCGAGAAAACGACAGCAGACAGAAAUGGGAGCAGAUCGAGGGCAACUCCAAGCUGCGGCACGUGGGCAGCAACCUGUGCCUGGACAGCCGCGCGGCCAAGAGCGGCGGCCUGAGCGUGGAGGUGUGCGGCCCGGCGCUGUCGCAGCAGUGGAAGUUCUCGCUCAACCUGCAGCAGUAGGCGGCCGGAGCCCCUGCCACCCGCCUGCCGCGCCACGCGGCAGAGUUCGGCGAUCACAUUAUCGAUUAUGUUUCUUAAACUUUCCGCGAAACUAUAUACCUCAGUAUUCCAUCACGGUCUGAAAGUCAGAGAACUCAAGCGAGGCACGAGGGGACCCUGCGGUCUCAGCGGCGGCGAGACAGGCAGCGGGGUCCCCUCCUGCAGCUGGAGCCGCCCCUCCCCCCGGCUGCCGCCCCCCGCCAGCCCCAGCCGGGCAGCGCCCCGGCCGUGGCCGUGACCGAGGGACGGCAGGGAAGCCACGGACAAGCCACGGACGGCCGUGCGUGUCGAGGACGGGGGCGAGAGGGCUGCGAGUGCCCUGCCGCGGCGAGGAGAACUCUUGAAAUCUCCAUUUUUGAUCCCAUCGGAAUCUUGUCUGGUUUCCACAAAGCGGAAUCGCAUCAUUUUGCAGGUUUACGUUGGUAGCGCCUUUCUCUGCUCCUCCGUCCCCAGCCGUCCUGGCCCAGACUGCCCCCUCCCACCCGAUGUCCCUGCUCUAUUUGAAUAUGAACUUUUCUAUGGUGGGACACUAAAUAUAAAUCUAUAUAAAGAAAGAAUGUACGGUCAGUUCCCUGUGGUUUCUCUAGGUCGCCAUCGUCGUGCUGAUUCACCGUGCGGCGGAGGGGCCGGAGCCCCGUGGGAGGGAGCAGUGGCCUCCCCUGUCCCCUGGAGCCUCACUUCCAGUCGUGCUGCUGUGACCGGCCGGGGGGCGUCCCCGGACCCCGGCCUCGGCCUGCGGGCGUCUGCAGGCGUCCUCUGCAGUCACCGCCGUGCGUGGGAACCGCUGUGUGCUUCUGGCCCUGCAAACCUGGACGGGUUACUCAUUUUGACAGAUGUUGCUUUGGGUCUUUUUUACAUUAAAUUUCUUUUCUCCAAGGAAUGAAAAAGCAGCCCCACAGCUCCAGAGUAGGCUGGCAGCACCACCACCGCCCUGUGCCGGGCAGGCCCGUGAUGCUGUGGCACACUGGCGCUGGGCACAUCGUGAUCUGAGCCCACAUGUCGCCUUCGGACGGACUGAGCUGCUGGCAGAGCGGUGGGCGGAGGGCGGAGAGCCUGGAGACAGGCCCAGCCCCCAGCCCCGCGCCGCUGGCGUCCUGCGUGCUCUGCCCGGCACCGAGUCCUGCCUCAUGGCCCCGCGCUCCCUCCUGUGCCCCAGCUGGCGAAGGCGACCGUGCUCGGGGCUCUGGGGGAGGGUCAGGAAGGGUCAGGAGCGGACAGCAUCUGCUCGUGGACACUGGGGGUUCAGGGCGGGAGGCAGGAGCCCUGUGUCCUGGAUAAACCACAGUCGUGAACUAAAGUCCUAACCGGAGGAGACGCAGGGUGCACGAUGCUCAGGAAUGUUCUUCCCGAGCCCCUCUUGCCUCUGCCGCGUCCCCACAUGCCAGGGCAGACCAGCCCCAGCCCUCUGCCGGGUGGCUCCUCUGUCAUCCCAUGGUCACUGCUCUGCUUCCUUCUGCACCCCCCUCCCCCCUGCACACCCGCCACACGCUCAGUCUCAAAUAGGCUGCCCAGCCUGGCACCAUGACACACAUCCUCAGCCCCUCUGCAGGGACCUGGGAGGCCGUGCAGUUAGAAGUGGCUCCAGGAGAUUCUGCUGAUGCCACCCUCGUUCCCACCUGUUUCAUGCAGGAAAAGGACCGUUGUCGUUGGUCCUUCCCGCACCCAGGGGCCUCACGUGUGUACACUGCGGCACAGAGGGACCCAAGACGGAGGCCUGGCUGGGGGACUGUCCCACGGCUUGUCCCUUCCUGCCUCCUGCCAGCACCCAGGCGUGUCUCCCGCCGCAGUGAGACCCUGAACUCUGCGCGCCCUGCCUUUCGUGGUGGGCUCUGGGGAGAGUCCAGGGAGGGUCACUCCCAGGCGCACGGGCGAGGCCAGUGAGUGCAGCUCGGGCAGGAGCGCGAGUCCCUGGUCUGGUGCGCUCCUCUGAGCACCCGGGUUCUCUGUUCAGGGCCUGUCACCUGUGAGCCGCUACUGUUAGGGGGGAUAAAAAAACAUUGGGGUAAAACAGAUUUGGCAUCUUUUUAAAUCAGGUUUUUUGAUUUGCCACACACCUGCCCCCACCAACCUGGACAUCUUGGCAACCUCUGUACCAUCAAGAUGUGUCUCGUCAGUCCCUGUGCCGGCCACGCCCUGCAGGGCGGCAUCCUGUCCCCGAGCCAGGGGACGGGUCGGACGGUGCGGGGCGUCGUGAGCGGGUGGCUGGGGAGGGGCCCUUCGCGGUGAGCUAUGUUUACAUGACACAGUGUGCCAAAGUGACUUACUGUGGUUACGUUAUUUUGUAGUCAUCGGGACUGUCCCACCUUCCCACUCCUGUUUUUAAAACUAAAAAUUCUUUCCUAAGAGCCCUUCGAGCAAAGCGUGACAACGUUAGUCGUCUUCUCUGUGGUGGUCUUUCUUAUGUCUUCAUAAAAGCUACAAUGAUGGUAUCUGUGAGUAUGUUUUGCCAAUUCAAAAUAUAGUUUGGUAAUUUUUUUUCCAGUUGAUUUUUAAAAAGAACUGCUGUACAGAGCUUGUACUUUGUCCAUUUUAUAGAUGGAAACCAUCCUUGAAAAUUGUUUAACUUAAAUAAAGAGAAGAUACUUUAUAGA